AUGGAUCGUACCGUGGUGCUACUAGCGCUCCUUAGCGCCGUCCUGAUCGUUCGAUCGGAGCCGCACUCCAUACCACCGAUCUUUCUUUACGAUGACUUUGACCACUGUAAGGCCCAAGCGUCCGUGUACUGUUACGCCCGUGCUGUGCUGCGGGUGGAUCAAUUUCCGGCCGAUAUCGUAGUGCCACAAACAGAAAGCCUGGAUCGGAUCGUCUACAGGCACAGAGUGCAUCAUCUGGAGCUGGGAGUCUGUUUGCGUGAGUGCGAAAAAGAGCUGGAGGGUUUAACCGUAGCCCAGAAGGAGUCGCUUUAUCACCCACAAAUUCCAGUCAACUUUACCAUCAUGGAAAGCUAUCGGCAACUGCAUAACUUUCAGGUGCAACAGCUUCCACCGCAGUUCAAGCAUGUUUUAAUUCCGAACGAGCUGUUUCCCACGAUGCAAGACGAUAAGCGAAGGUACGAGACGUUGGUGAAUGUGUGCGUAAACCAGCGACUCCGCGCGCGUUAUAACAUUACCGGCCAUAUUGCGCUGGAGUACUGUCGACCCGAAGCUGCCAAACAAACGGCCCGUCCGUUCGAUUUAUUGGAACUGGUGUUUCUAGCUAUUUCGGGGACACUGGUAGUAACGCUAGUGCUAACAUCAGUGCUAGACGUCGGCGGGAUCAACCAAGAUAAUGUAUUUGUUUCCGCAUUCUCCUUGCGACGGAACUGGAAUCGGUUGCUGGCGGAACCGGACUCUGCAUUGCACCGGGACCUGCUGUACAUCGAUGGAUUACGCGUGAUCAUCAACCAUCUGGUGAUUGUGUUGCACAACUUCUUGAUCGCGGGUGCCGCUCCUUCGCAGAACUUUGGCGAAAUAGAGCAAUUGUUUAGCUUCGCACCGAUCCUGAUGUACCUGUCGGCAAACGCUUUCCUGGUGCAGGUGUUCUUCACGAUCGGUGGUUAUUUGCUGAGCGUAAACUUUCUGCGCGAUGCCGAAAAAAGUCCGAUUGAUGCGCGGUACGUUGGGAACAAGACACUGAACCGCCUGCUUCGACUCCUGCCGGUUUAUGCGUACUUCCUGCUGUUCUCCGUCAGCCUGAACGUGCGCUUCGACGUAAACCUGAACGGGUAUCGGCUGUUUACGGCGGAAAAUGCAAUCUGCCGCCAGAACUGGUGGGCUAAUUUGCUGUUCGUCAACAACUUCCAGUGGCCGAAAGAGCUCUGCCUGAUGCACACCUGGUAUUUGGCGGCCGAUUUGCAACUGUUUCUGAUGGCGAUGGCGCUACUUCUGGUGAUCAACCGAUGGCCGAAGCGUGUUGGUGCGGUGUUUCUGUGCGGUGUGGUGGCAUCUUUUGUAAUACCGGGCUAUAUCGUAAACCAGCACAGGUUGCAUCCUGUGCUGCCGGCCAAGCUGAGUGAAGUCAAGUUUCUUGUCAUGUACGAACCCUGGUUGCGGCGAAUAUAUCUACCCAGCUAUGCAAACAGCGGUUGCUAUCUGUUCGGUCUAAUAGCCGGAUAUCUUCACCAUGCCACGAAGAACAACCGCAUUCAACUACAACGAUCUUUGCUUUAUGCAACAAUCAACAGAUGUGUGACGCCCGUUCUUAUUGGAGUUAUCGUGGCCAUCCCGCUGUGGUACACCAUUGAUAUACCGAAACCCAACCUCUGGGUAUCCGUGUACAGUGCGCUCUAUCGGAAUAUCAUCGGUAUUUUUGUGGCCGUUUGUUUCGUGCGGUGCAUUAUCACACCUCCAGGUAUCAUACGCAAAAUUCUCAGCUCGAAAAUACUGACCGCACUCGGCAAGCUUACGUACAGUGCUUACGUGCUGCACGAUGUGGUGAUGCGGUUUUUACUGUUAAAUGAAUCGAUCGAUACCAUCAUCAGCGUACCGAAAUUUGUGAUCUACUUGUACAUUGUAACCGUGCUGGCGUUCAGUGGUGGGUUGGUAGUGUUUCUUGCCAUCGAACAACCCAUGAUACAGCUUAUCAAACCGAUCAUAAACAACAUGUGCCCCGUGCGGAAAGUUCCACCGGACCAAAAGCAAAAAGAGCACUAA